CGUCAAGUAAUGUAAUAAAUGUGAAGCCAGCGCCAAGUGAAGGUAAGAAAUUCUGGUUGUUUCUGUAGAAAUUUACGAAAUGGGCCGCACUUAGAUGCAGAACCUUGUUCUUCAGUAUUGACACGCAGCUUAUUUUAUUUCUCAUGAGGCAAAACUCUAAUUCAGCCUUGAUAUUUGAUUCUAGUAUUUAAGAUGCAGAUUUAAACAAGACCAUAAAGCUGUUCAAAUUAUUUAUUUGCGAGUUGAAGAAAUAUCUAAGUACAAAACAUAUCGAAGGAAGAUUUUUUGGGUGCCACUCACUUUAGUCCUUUUGUUUUAUAAGAGGGGUUGUUCUUUUUACCAACAGCCCCGUAACAAGCCUAAUUUUGCAACGGUUACUUAUUGCUCAACGCAAAGACAGAGAAACUUGUAAAAAUAGACCUGACAAGCUUCGAGAGGAACAGUUUUCCAAAAUAUUCAGUUCAGCCACCAACCGGUCACUAGGUUUCAUGUCACUUAUAACGACUGCAAAUUACCGAAGUUUUCCUUUUGUGCACCGAAUAUCUCUCCUGCAAAACAAUCGAUUGCGGCAUUUUUUUUAAAAUCUAUCGUAAAUGUAUCCAAAUUAAAAAAGAUCAAUUUUGUUUCUAUUUUCUUUGUAGCAGAGUUGGGGUGAGACUGUCAUCUAUUUCUAGUAAUUUCUGUUCUAUUUUUUUUCUUUUGUCAACAAAAACUUCAUUGGAACCGUUCAGCAUUUUUUAACCAUUAGAUCGUUAAUUUUCUAUUUCUGGCACGGAAGCUCCAAUAAAGCAAAUUCAAUAAUCCCAUGCACACUAUAUGGUAAAAAGCAUGCCCACCAUGACUCAAUUAUUUGUAGAAUCGAUAACUUUAUGACGGUUUAGCUAGCCAACCAGAAGUUACAGCUUUGACGUGAGUUGUGCUAUUAAACUAACUUUAAUUCGACCUGCUUUUAGACCCACUCAGAAUUAUCAGAACUGUUGAACAAUGAGUUCGAUGAGCUCCGCUUCUGUGCCUUCGAAGCCCAAAAAGAAGGACAAGGAAAAGAAAGGUAAGGAGAUUGAAUCGAUAUUAAUAUAGGAUAACGGUGGUGCUUUUGGAAUCGAUUGGAUCGAUUGGAUCACAGUGAGACAAGACACGAAUAUGUUGUCCGUGCAAGUUUUGAAAUCUUCGAUAUGUUAAUUCAUAUCCCCCAUCACCUCGAUCAUGCAAGUGCCAAUAGUUGGGCCAUCGAGCUAAUAACAUGACGGUUAAAUACGAGGAAUAUUGAAAAAAAAGGAAGUUCAAAUAUAUCUGACUGCUAGUAGUUCGAGGUAUUCCCUUUUUAAAGAAUCCAGUACGGUACACAACGAAAAUACAAGGAUAUUGGCUUAAGAAAAAUUAUAAGAAUAUUUAGCAUAGUCAAGGCUCUACUUGCUACUACUCUCGUAAGCCACCAGGUCUAGUUGAGACCACCAUUGAGAGAACCGGAUUGCAUUAUGUCUUAAACUGUGCGAUAAAAGGCUCUCACAAGCGAUCGCAUCCUUGAGAGACGGCGACUGCUUAUGUGAAUUAGCGUCUUGUCUCUUCCUUUAAGCAACCAAAUAGUCAGCACUUUUGAAUAAAAGCAUUUACUUCUAGAUCAAAUUUGGGGUAUCAGCAUAAACCGGAAGGGCUAAUGGUCCGUUCACGUCGAAUGUGAUACGUAAAAAAAAAAAUUUUCAUAUUGUUUUACCCGGAUAGAUUGGCAAUUAACAAAUAUGCCAAGCUAUUUGCUAAAAGCUCUCAUAAGCAACUGCCCUCUGGUGAGAAGUUUAUUACAUGAUCCCUUACCCCUUUACGAGAACUCAUUCUCGAUUAGCUUUGUGAGGAUUUCAUCCAUUCUAAAAGAAAAAGAACAGUAUUAUCUCGCCCGUCGGGAAAUUGCAAAUUUAUGCAAUAGGCAUUCCGUUUAUGGCGUACAACACACUGAGGUUGAGUCACAACGUGUCUUAGGAGUAUACAUUGAUAGAUAUAUUGCGAAACCAUUCACACCCUGGACGACGGAAAUUACGCCGAAGAACUCAGCAAGUUUAGCAACAGCUCGAAAAUAUCUAUCUACCCAAUAUCGAUAACAAUGCAAGCAUCAAUCAGCUACUUAGUUGUUGCGGUAGUAUUUAGAACAACUGUAGCCAAACCCACCUACAUGAAACUCCAAAAACGCUGCGCUCGAUUACUUUUGAAAUGCUACAAUUAAUCAAUAGUAAAUGAUUUUAUUUUAACCAUUUGUGAUAUUAUAUACCGCUUAAUUAGAAUUCAGUACUUUCCCUUCGUUCACAGAGAGUAAAAAAGAGAAGAAAGAAAAAACCAAAAAGAAAGACUCGAAAAAGGAGGAAAAAAGUGUUGUGAAUGAAGCUGGUAACCAAACCCAGACUGCAAAACCAAAAAAGAAGUUUGGGAUUCGAUUUAAAGCCAAGAAAUCCAAAAAGACAGAUGGUUCGUUGAGCGGAGAUUCAGCUUAUUCCAGUAACAGCGCUGCAAGUUUGCCUCAAGGAGCGAAUGAAUCCAAAGAAUCAUCUACGGUAGAAUUGACUGAACCUUCUGAGAAGUCACAAGAAGAUGUUCUAUACGACCAAGAAGUGCACGUAAUUGACACUCCAGAAAGCCCCGAUGUCGUCCAAGCAACCUUCACGGAAGAUAGCAGUGAAACAGUGGUAAACGUAACGGAUGUAAGUGAUCCUUGGUCAAAAGAAGGCAAAGUUGUUAAGGAAGAGCAGCCUAACAUGAUGGAGGAGCCAGUGAAUAGCCCAGAACAGACAACAGCUCUUGACCCAAACAAGACUCAAUCGCCUGAGUUUGAAUCACAGUCGUCUGGGAUGUUAAUCGAAGCAAACAAGAGCAUGGAUGCGAGUUCUUUCGAAAAACCAAAUGUAGAGCAAAACGAAGAUGUAACAUCUACAUUUAAAGAUAAUGAGGAUGAUAGUCGCGUUUUAUCCCCCAAAUCUGGGCGUAUCUUGAAAGUAAACGCAAUAAUCACAGAAGAAGAGAAGGAGGACGGUGUGAUAUCAGCAGAAAUUUCUAGCGUUGAAGACAUCAUCAGAGAGAAGAAAGAAACAGACGACAAUGGAACACUUAAAGAAAAAGAAGUGGAGGAAAGUAUCAGCUCUACAGUCAAGGAACAGUACUUUUCGCAGCUUGAUGGUUCUCAUGACAGUGAAAAGCAAAAUGAAUCUUCCAUGAGUAAAGAGGUAGAGUCCCCCGAGCACCCUGAGGAACAACAAGUGGAGGAGCAAAAAGAGCUGCAGAAAGAUGACUCUGUGGAAGAUGAAAAUGUGGCGGACGAGGACGUCAGUGAGAAAACAGUGAGCAUCGAAAGCAUAACUGUAGAAGAUAACUCUGUCAGCCUUCCAGAGAAAUCUGGUCAAACUGCGCCCUUAGAAUUCCUGCACAACUUAAAAGGAGCUUUUGAAGAUUCCAAGGUAAAUGACUUGGGAGAACACAGCGCUGGCAUUAGAGAGCCAAUCGUUUCCGCCUACAAGGAAGGUGAAGUUGCAGCGCAAGAUUAUUUCCAAGAAAAAGAAGUGCAAGAAAAGGCUCCAGAGAGUAAUGAAGAGAAAGCCGUUCAUCCCAAUAAUCUGCAGGUUUAUGGUCGACAUGACAGCCACGAUGACCUUACGAAGAAAGAUCAACAAGUGCUGCAAGAAAAUGGUAAAAAUGAAGAGGUCAAGCCUGAAAAGCCCAUGAAACCCAGUUCUGACUACGAAGAAAGAUCAGAAGAGGAAGACGUACUGGUAACCAAGAAAAGGAAGUCAGCAUUAAGUCUGUUUUGGUGCUGCUUUGCAUGA